AUGUACCAAUGUCAAAAAUUCAAAACAUCAACAAUCAUUAGCAAUUUAAAUAGUUCAAUGGGUGAAAGUGAAAAAAUAUUCCUAUGUCCAAUAUGCAAGCAAUCAGUUAAAUAUAGCACAAUUAAAUCAAUUUCAUUUAAAAAUAAAAUCUAUAAUUAUCCAUUAUCACCAUCAAUCUCGCAUACUAGCCAUACAAACAAUCAUUCAGCUAAUAGUAAUAAUACAGUAAAUAACAACAGCAAUAGCAACAACAUUAAAAUAAAGAAGCCUAUUUAUGAUUCAAGUAAUUGGAAAUGUAGUACUAAAAUUGAUUCAUUGCUUGAUGAAUUAAAUAUAGUAUUAAAGAACGAGCCAGAUUCAAAAUGUUUAAUUUUCUCUCAAUGGACAUCAAUGUUAGAUUUAAUCGAUAUACCAUUAAAUAUCAACUCUAUGCCCUGGUGGAUUGGGUUUAAAUUUAGUUGUUGCUUCACAUGUGAUCCAUGGUGGAACCCUGCUACCGAAGAGCAGGCUAUAGAUCGUGUAUACCGUAUUGGUCAAAAUAAAAAUGUUAAUGUCAUUAGAUUCCUUAUUAAAGAUUCAAUCGAAGAAAAGAUCCUAGAGCUUCAGAAAUCUAAAAAAGAUUUAGCUAAAGAGGCAUUAACAAUGAAAAAACAACCACAACAAAGAAUCGAAGAACUUAAACUAUUAUUUGCCGAUUAA